CUGACGUGGUCUUUAGGCGCCAGCUACCACCCAGGAAGAUGGCGGAACAGGUUCCCAAAUCCGUACUAUUCUUGUGUCUAGGUAACAUUUGCCGGUCACCCAUCGCAGGAGCAGUUUUCAGAAAACUUGUAGCUGACCAAACUGUUUCAGAUAAUUGGAGGAUAGACAGUGCGGCCACAUCCUCCUAUGACGUAGGACACCCCCCUGACUAUCGAGGGCAGAGCUGCAUGAGGAAGCAUGGCAUCCCCAUAAGUCACAUUGCCCAACAGGUCACCAAAGAAGACUUUGCUACAUUCUACUACAUGCUGUGUAUGGAUGAAAGCAAUCUGAGAGAUUUGAAUAGAAAAAGUAAUCGAGUUAAAAACUGCAAAGCUAAAAUUGAACUACUUGGGAGCUAUGAUUCACAAAAACAACUCAUUAUUGAAGAUCCCUAUUAUGGAAACGACUCCGACUUCGAGCUGGUGUAUCAGCAGUGCCUCUGGUGUGGCAAGGCCUUCCUAGAGAAGGCCCACUAGGUUAGCACUGCCCACAGCCAACCCAACAACUCGCCCACUAGUCCUGUGCCUAAGUGUAGAAGCUUCCCUUAGCCUUGCCCCUGUUGUUUCUUCAGCUGACUUACUCUUAUCUUAAACAUAGUUGUAGGUGACAAAUUAGUUUUA